AUGCCCAAGAUCGUCGUAACGCGCAACGUAGGCGAAGACGCCAUGGCGAUCCUCUCGUCCUCGCCCUUCGAGAUCAUCGUUAAUCCCGAUGAUGCCCCUGCAUCCCGAGAGUGGAUUCUCGAUAAUAUCUCGGACCCAGAAGUGGCUGGUGUCUGCGUCAUGCAUGGUCAACCGGGGGAUAAGGUAGACGAGGAGUUCUUGGAGCGGUGUGGGGAAGGCGUAAAGGUCGUCAGCACAUUCUCGGUGGGGUAUGACCAUAUCAAUGUCAAGGCGGCCAAUGCCAAGGGGAUCAAGAUCGGGCACACGCCUGGCGUUCUCAGCGAUUCCGUUGCCGAUAUCUGCGUUAUGCUCACUCUCAUGACCAUGAGGAGGGUUGAGGAGGGUAUCCAGCUGAUCAAGUCCGGCGGGUGGCCGACCCUUCCCUGGGCCCCGUUCGUAAUGUGUGGUCCCUCCAUCUCCUCCCCAAACCUUACGCUUGGCUUCCUCGGGUUCGGCCGUAUCUCUCAGCAGACGCUCAAGCGCUUGCUCGUGUUCACGUCCAAAUCCCACCCGCCUAAGGUCGUCUACCUCUCAUCCCGCGGCCGCCCUAACCAAGCCGAAAUAGACGCGGACUGGACCAAGGAGUUCGGCGUCUCGGUAGAGCGCAAGGAGAAGGAUGAAAUCGCGACGGAGAGUGAUAUAUUGGUGGUGCUGUGUAACCAGACGCCGGAGACGGUGAAUCUGGUGGAUAAGGCGUUUUUGGGUAAGAUGAAGAAGACGGCGGUCUUGGUCAACGGUGCCAGGGGACCGAUCGUCAAUUCCGAGGACUUGGCGGUGGCACUCAAUGCUGGACAGAUCUUUGGUGCAGGGUUAGACGUGAUCACUGGCGAGCCGAACAUCGGACCCGACCACCCGCUCGUCAAGGCCAAGAACUGCGUCGUCAUUCCCCAUAUGGGCUCGGCCGAUAUCGACACCCGUAAGAAGAUGGCUGAGCUGUGUGUCCGUAAUGCCAUCAACGGAGCGAAGGGCGAGGCGCUCUUGGCAGAAGUUAAGAUUUAG